AUGACCACCACCAAGCUCUCCGCCUCAGAGGCCGAUAGCUUCGACUACCUGAUAGUAGGCGGUGGUACAGCGGGGUGUGUCAUCGCUAGCCGAUUGGCAGAGUAUUUACCGAAGAAGAGAAUACUACUGAUUGAAGCUGGUCCGAGCGAUUUCAUGAACGACAAGGUUCUAAACCUGAAAGAUUGGCUGAACCUCCUGGGUGGCGAGCUGGACUAUGACUAUGGGACUACGGAGCAGCCAAAUGGUAACUCGCACAUCCGCCACUCCCGAGCAAAAGUCCUCGGCGGUUGCUCCUCCCACAACACCCUUAUAUCCUUCCGUCCCUUCGCCCACGACGCCGCUAUCUGGGAAUCUCUCGGCUGCACAGGCUGGUCCUUCGACACCUUCAACCGCCUCCUCGACUCCAUCCGCAACACCGUGCAACCCGUCCAUUCCCGCCACCGCAACCAGCUCUGCAAGGACUGGGUCGAGUCCUGCUCCACUGCCCUCUCCAUCCCCGUAAUCCACGACUUCAACCGCGAGAUUGCCCGGAACGGAAACCUAGAGUCCGGCGUCGGCUUCUUCUCCGUGGCGUACAACCCCGACGACGGCCGCAGGAGCAGCGCGAGCGUCGCCUACAUCCACCCCAUCCUCCGCGGCGACGAGCACCGACCCAACCUCACCAUCCUAACGGACGCCUGGGUCAGCCGCGUCAACGUGCACUCCUCGACCGUCACAGGCGUCAACAUAACCCUGCAAUCCGGCACCACCCUCACCCUGACCGCCCGCAAGGAAACCAUCCUCUGCGCCGGCGCAAUCGACACCCCCCGCCUCCUCCUCCACUCCGGCAUCGGCCCCUCCGCCCAACUCACCGCCCUCAACAUCCCCGUGGUCGCCUCCAUCCCCGGCGUCGGGCACAACCUGCUCGACCACCCGGAAAGCAUCAUCAUGUGGGAACUGAACCGGCCCGUGCCCCCGAACCAAACGACCAUGGACUCCGACGCCGGCAUCUUCCUCUCCCGCCCCGGGCACACGCCCGGCGUCGCGGACAUCAUGAUGCACUGCUACCAGAUCCCCUUCUGCCUCAACACCGCCCGCCUCGGCUACGACACCCCCAUCGACGCCUUCUGCAUGACGCCCAACAUCCCCCGCCCCGAAUCCAAAGGCCAACUCUACCUGACCUCCGCCGACCCGAGCGUCAAGCCCGCCCUCGACUUCCGCUACUUCAGCGACCCGGCCGGCCACGACGCGGCCACCCUGGUCGCCGGCCUCCGCGCCGCCCGCCGCGUCGCCGCCCAGCCCCCCUUCUCCGCCUGGCUGGCGCGCGAGGUGGCCCCGGGCCCCGCCGUCCAGAGCGACGCCGACCUCGGCGCCUACGGCCGCUCGGCCGCCCACACCGUCUACCACCCGGCCGGGACGACCAAGAUGGGCGACGUGGCCCGCGACGCCAUGGCCGUCGUGGACUGCGGGCUGCGGCUGCGCGGGCUCGGGGGGGUGCGCGUCGCGGACGCGGGGGUGUUCCCCGCCAUGACGAGCGUGAACCCGAUGCUGACGGUGCUGGCGAUUGGGGAGCGGUGCGCGGAGAUGGUGGCGGAGGAGGCGGGGUGGAAGGGUGCGAGGGCGAGAUUGUGA